AUGAAAAAUAGUUUACAGAAAAGAGAAGAUCCAUUCUGGGGUACACCCAACCCUAACCCAAAAAACCAAUUAUCCAACAAUUCCAAAAACUCUAACUAUCAAUCAACAUCCAAGAUCUAUCAAGAUAAUCAAAUAGAUACAAACAAAAAUUCUGAAGAUACUAACAUAGAUAAUACAAUAUCAUCAGAAAUUACUGAUGAUUUAAUGUCAGAUAAUGAAACAAUUGAAGACAGUACCUCUAGCAUAGACACAAAUCAAGAAGAAACAGAUCACAAUCUAGUAAUAAUUCAACUGGAUCUUUUCAACAAAUUAAUUGAAAAUGGAGAAUAG